GUCAGGAAGACGACGACGAGGCUAGACAUAGUCUGGCGUGCUCAUGGUGCUGUGUUCCUCUUCAACCUCCUGAACUCCUGAUUAUCUUUUUCGACGUCUUUUAUCGGAUCGCCAUACACCGACAUCCUUAAUUCCUUUAGAAAUCGGAUUCCCAGUAAGAUGGCAUCUUCGUCGGACUCAUGGAUGAAGGAAUAUAAUGAAGCAGUAAAACUUGCGGAUGAUAUCAAUGGAAUGAUAUCGGAAAGGAUUUCUAUGCCUGCAUCAGGACCUGAAACCCAACGUCAUGCAUCUGCCAUCCGGAGGAAGAUUACAAUUUUGGGGACUAGAUUAGAUGGCUUGCAAUCCCUUUUGUCUAGGCCUGCUGGGAAACCCUUAACAGAGAAGGAGAUGAAUCGUCGCAGGGACAUGAUUGCAAAUUUGAGAACAAAGGCAAACCAGAUGGCUUCUGCAUUGAACAUGUCAAAUUUUGCUAACAAAGACAGCUUGCUGGGGCCGGAUACUAAACCUGAUGCCAUGAGCAGAACAGUUGGUCUGGAUAACUCUGGCCUUGUUGGUCUUCAACGACAAAUAAUGAGAGAGCAAGAUGAGGGCCUUGAAAAGUUGGAGGAGACAGUUGUAAGUACAAAGCAUAUAGCAUUGGCAGUCAAUGAGGAGCUUGAUCUGCAUACCAGACUUAUUGAUGACUUGGACCAGCAUGUGGAUGUUACAGAUUCCCGUCUGCGACGAGUGCAGAAAAACCUGGCAAUUCUGAACAAGCGUACCAGAGGCGGAUGUUCCUGCAUGUGCAUGCUUUUAGCUGUCGUCGGGAUUGUGAUUCUGGUUGUCGCGAUAUACUUGCUUAUCAAGUACUUGUAGGAACCCAACAACAGAAAAACAGCAAGCUCCAUCCUGUUGCUUGUGUGCGCGUGUCUUGUGUGGAAUUGCAUUUCGAUUACUACUGUCACGAGUACAUUUUGUUUUCGCUUUCUUUGUUUUCUUUGUUGCAAUGUGUGGGUUUGCUGAGAUCUUAAAAUGAUCGUAUAAUAUAAUAUUGCAAGUAAUUUAAGUCUCUACCAAAUCUGCAGAUUUCAAGCAUUUCUUUCAUUUCAUAUAAUUUAUACUUGUGGUUUAGGCUACGUGUAUAAAAAAACUUAUUAUUU